GAUCGGUGCUGGAGCUAAAGUUGAACCUGAUUUAAUACGAAAAGGUUUAGCUUUAAUGAAUAGCCCAAAUAAUAAGAUCAAACAACAUUUAAAAACCAAGGGAGCACUUCACUUAUAUGAUCAACUACAAAACAACGUAAAAAUCACGAAACCAAUAACGUUCAUAAUGAGCGACGAUGAUGAAGAUUUAGGUGAACAUACCUAG